UACUACAUAGGCAGCAAGUAGCUAUGCUACGUAGUAGAUAGAGUAUUACCCGCCUAUUGCUCGAUCCAUACUAAAUUAGAACCUCUCCGUCACAUAAUGCCGACAUACCUCUGCCACGGCUUCCGCUGGCAUCGCCGAAGCAUCCGUUAUUUUGUCGUCCUCCGGAACGUCGAUGACGCGGCUCCGGAAUGGAUCGUAGCGCGUCGAAGCUCCAUCGCCCUCCUUGAUCAGUUCUACGAGCUGUUCGACUUCCUACCACCCAGCACCCGUCCGGCACACAACCCGAGCCCCUCGCCUAGUCGCGUUCACGGUGCCGUUUACGCGAACAGCGAUCGUGCGCACACCCAACGGUAUUACCCAUCCCACGAGGGCUACGAGCACGAAGAAAAGAAUGAUCGGUACGGUAAUAGCAGACCCGGGAAUAACCAUCGUGACAGGCCGCGAAAGCGCAGCAAUUCCUUGGGUCGGCUUUUCGCGACCGAAAAUCGCGAUACGACCACCUCUAUACCUUCGUCCUUGGCGCCGUCGUCGCCCGGCAACGAUGUACCCUUCAAUGAUUGGUCGGUGGUGAAAUUUGUCGAGGAAUUCGACCCAUCCGACCUGUCGGUCGUGAGCGGACCGUGGGCGUACGUGGCAGACUACGUAGUACGAAUAGACACGUCCGUCUCGGUGGCGGAGGAAAUUGGUCGCUACGAGGAGCGUACCAAGACGGAACGCUACAAGCCUAUGAGCGGCCCCAGCGACGAGUCGGGCCUCAAGGUGAACACGUUCGGUAGCAAGAAGGCGGGCUGGUUCGAGCAACUCCGCGAUCAGCUGCAACGAAGCGAGAGCAUCCGGUGGUAUGUCGUGGUCUGCGGCGACGAAGAACGAGCCGACCCUAGAACGGAGGGAAGGGAGACGGAGGAGAGCGUAGCAGAAACGAGUGGGGGGAAGAACGGGAGUCGGAGUUGGGAGGAUCAGCCGUUAUCACCAUCCCAAGAGCCGUAUCCGGUUCGUGGGUUCGUCGAAAAUGGCUUCGAGUUCCGGCUACCCGAAUUCCUCGAACCACAGCGGCCACGGGAACCAAGAGCAAGGCGGCGGCAGGGGGCGGAGAACAAGCGGACCAACGAAUCGCUGGCAACCUCCCCCACGAACGAUCAGCCCAUCUCGCCUUCGCAAGCCGCCUACAGAAUACCCGCAGCGGAUGACACCUCGAAUCUCAAAAGCCCCAAGAGCCCCAAGUCUACUAGCGGGCUCAGAAGACUGUUCCUGAGGCGGCAAACCGGAGACUCCACUCAAAACGCCUAUCCAGGCCCGUCUUGAUGUGCCGACCUUGCUGGAACACGGGCCCGUCGCUUAUUCGAGGGUGUCGGGGAUGCGACACGAUGCAGAAUACUCCGGUGGAUUGGCCUAUGGCAUGUUGGAUUUGACUACCUAGGCGGUCUUCCGGCUGGAGUUCUUUCGCAAAGCAAGUUCACAGCGCGCACAGAAUG